AUGAUAACGGUGUGGAUUUCGAUUUCGCUUGUGACGAGCAGGAGUGUGCGGGGGGAGGGGGGGAUUGCGAGCACGUCGUCGGAGAGUCGGUACGCCUUAAACUGCGCGUGGGUUGGACACACCCUGUCUGUCUGCCUGUGUGUACCGGUAUGUAGAUCCAUCUAGAUCAAGAGAUCCAGAUAUGGGACACGCUACAGCACUCGAAAUGAUCCCAUUCUCCUCAGCCGACACAUAUCCGCCAGUCAGUCAGUUAGCCUCCCCCGCGCCCAAGUAUUAGGCCGGGAAAGUUCCGGCGCGGCCCACGCCUACUCGCGUUAGCGUUGUACGACGCCUUUUUGCAGGCGCAACCCAACGAACCCAAACCAAAAAAAAAAAUCUCGUCGUCCCAGCAGCAGCAGCAGCAGCAGCGAAUCUCGAAUCUGCGAAUUUUACGUCCUCGAACUCCACACACCCGACCGCAAUAAUGGACCGCUUCGCCUCCGCGGCGAACUGGAAGCUCGAGCAGCAGUACGAGACGCGCGGGCCGCGCGUGUUGUCGAAGAAACAGGCGGCCAAGGAGCGCAAAGCUGGCAAAGCUGGCGGCGCCGGCGGGCGCCUGCCGAUCAAGAGGCAGGACGGUACGGUGGUCGCUGUGGUGUUGAGUCCGGUUGGGUCUGAUGAGGAGUCUGAGGAGGAGGGAGAGGACGAGGAGGGGGAGGGGGACGGGGACGGAGAGGAGGGGGACAAGGUGAAGCAGGUGAUGUUGGAUCUGAGGGAACAGAGAGAGAGGGAGGAGGAGGAGGCGAGGAGGCCGAAGGUGCCGGAGAAGAAGAGGGUGGUCGAUGCGAAGGAGGAGCUUGCGAGGAUCGCCUCGCAGGUUCAGGAGGAUCCUGAGGAGAAUAUCAUGAUGCUCAAGCGCAUGCGCGAAAUGACCAGCGAUCAUAAUCCUACGAUACAGCGGCUGGCGCUGGCUGCGCUCAUGGCCGUCUACAAAGAUAUCAUCCCCGGCUACAGGAUACGGCCGCUCACCGACGAGGAGCAGAGGAUUAAGGUUUCGAAGGAGGUCAAGAAACUGCGCGGGUUCGAGCAGGGCCUCGUCAGUGGGUACCAGCUGUAUGUGGAGAAGUUGGGGCGGUUAGUUAAAGCUUCGAGAACGAAUGUGACGCCGACCUCCGUGGCUGUCGGAAAAGUCGCCGUGAACUGCGCAUGCCAAUUGCUCUCCCACGUCCCGCAUUUCAACUUCCGCGGCGAACUGUUGAAGAUCGUGGUCCAGGUGCUCAGCGUCAAAACCGUCGACGAGAACUUUAUCAAGUGUCGCUCUGCGCUGGAGGAGAUCUUCCGGACGGACGAGGACGGCGUGGUCUCUUUCGAUGCGGUGCAGCUGCUCACAAAGAUGUUGAAGGCGAAACAUUACAGGGUCGAUGAGUCCGUGCUGAAUACGUUCUUGAGUCUAAGGCUGCUAUCGGAGCUAGAUGUCAAGGCAUCUAUGGAGACGGUGGAUAAUCCGAAUAGGAAGCGGAAGAAGAAGGAUCGCGAGUUCAGAACGAAGAAGGCGAGAAAGCUGGAGAAGGAUAAGAAGGAGGUUGAGAAGGAGAUGAAGGAGGCCGAUGCGACAGUCACAUACGAGGAAAGAGAGGCAAAACAGAGCGAGACGCUGAAGCUGGUGUUUGUAACAUACUUCAAGAUCUUGAAUGAGAGGCCGCCCGGACUUAUGGCUGCUACGUUGGAGGGAUUGGCGAAGUUCUCGCACUUGAUCAAUUUGGACUUUUUCGGUGAUCUCCUGGUGGCGUUGAAAGAGCUCAUUGCCGAAGCCGAAACCGAAGCAGACGCAGAAGACGAAGACGAAGCCACGGCCACCGAGACGCGGAACGCCACGCGAGAAGCCCUGCUCUGCGUCAUCACCGCCUUCGCCCUGCUCCAGGGCCAAGGCGAGAAGAUGCUCAACGUUGACCUCAACUACUUCACCUCACACCUCUACAAGACUCUCAUGCCGCUCGCUCUCGACGCGGAUAUCGAGUUCUCGCAUAAAUCCCUCCGCCUGGCCGACCCAGACUCCCCCGCCCUAUCGGCGCCUCGUGUCAACGUGGCUACCCAGAUCGAGAUGGUGAUCCGAGCGCUCGACGCCCUCUUCUUCAAGCAGAACGGCGCAACGAAUGUCUCGCGCAUGGCAGCGUUCACCAAGCGACUACUCCUGACGGCGCUGCAUAUGCCCGAGAAAUCAACAAUGGCGUCGAUAGGUGUGAUCAACAAAAUGGGGAAGAGGUAUCAUCGGCAAUUAUCCGGACUCUUCUCGACCGAGGAGAGCGUCGGAGAUGGUGUCUACAUGAUGGAUGCUGAUGAGCCGGAGAGGAGUAAUCCAUUUGCUGCGACCAUCUGGGAGACGCUGUUGCUCGAGAAGCAUUAUUCCCCCGCAGUACAAGAGGCGGCGAAGGGGAUGCAAAAGAUAUUUGUACAGAAGAAGCAGCGGUAAAAUAAUACAGAAGGAAGAAGUGUAAUUAUGCGUUUGGGUAUCAGAAGGUCACUCGAACCGGAAAAAGGAUUAUCCGUUUCGCUUUCUCUGUGCUUGGCGAUGGAGGGGGAGGGGAAUGAAAUGAUUUUUAGAAGUCGGGAAAUGGAGAGUUUAACGCCCUU